AUGAAGAAGAAUCCCUCUCUUGCCUUUUUAUCGAUUUUAUUGCCUCUGGCUUUGAUAUCUCUCUCUUCUUCAAAUCCAUGUGACCGCAGAAACCAGAGGGACCCACAAACUCUCCGAUCAGAUCAAAUCACCGUUCUGAUCAACGGCUACUCUGAGUCCCGAAUCCCUCUGCUACAAUCACUUGCCUCCACCUACACCUCUUCCCCACUGGUAUCAUCUGUGCUCGUUCUCUGGGGAAACCCUUCCACGUCAGCUCAAACGCUGGCUCACUUGGCCCACAAUCUCUCCCUCUCCUCCUUUGGUCCAGCUCCCAUCUCUCUCAUCCGCCAGCCAUCAAACAGCUUAAAUGCCCGUUUCCUUCCUAGGCUUUCAAUCGGGACCACCGCAGUUUUGAUCUGCGAUGAUGACGUGGAGGUUGAUGCUAAGUCUUUUGAGUUUGCUUUCAAGGUUUGGAGGUCGAAUCCUGACCGUUUGAUUGGGCUAUUCGUGAGGUCCCAUGAUAUGGAUUUGGGGGCAAAGCAGUGGAUUUAUACUGUCCAUGGUGACAAGUACUCUAUAGUGCUUACGAAGUUUAUGAUUUUGAGAAGUGAGUAUUUGUGGAAGUAUAGCUGUGGAGGUGGAGCCCAGAUGAGUGAGAUGAGGAAGACAGUUGAUGAGAUGAUGAAUUGUGAGGAUAUUUUGAUGAAUUUUGUGGUGGCUGAUGAGGUAAAUGCUGGGCCCAUCUUGGUGGGGGCCGAGAGGGUGAGGGAUUGGGGAGACGCAAGGAAUGAUAGGGAUGGAGGGAUGGGAUUGAAAGAUGAUGGGGAGAGUAGGGUAAGAGAGGUGGGGUUGAGUAGUAGGAGAACAGAGCACAGGAAGAGGAGAGGGGAUUGUAUAAGGGAGUUUCACAAGGUUUUGGGUAGGAUGCCUUUAAGGUAUGGUUAUGGGAAGGUAGUUAAUUCAGUUGGUGAGCAAGGGUUGUGUAAGAAAGGAGGCAAGUUG